CCCCCGGUUCCGGCGCGCUAGAGGCCCCGGGUGGUGAACGAGGCUCCGGCACCAUGUCUGGUUUGUGUGGCCCACUCUCCUGGCCUGGCCCUCGCCCCUGUGCGUUGCUCCUUCUGUUCCUGCUCGGCCCCAGCUCGGUGCUCGCCAUCUCCUUCCAUCUGCCCGUGAACUCUCGCAAGUGUCUCCGCGAGGAGAUCCACAAGGACCUGCUCGUGACGGGCGCCUACGAGAUCACCGACCAGUCGGGGGGCGCAGGCGGCCUGCGCACCCAUCUCAAGAUCACAGAUUCUGCUGGCCAUAUUCUAUAUGCCAAAGAGGAUGCAACUAAGGGGAAGUUUGCUUUUACCACGGAAGAUUAUGACAUGUUUGAAGUGUGUUUUGAGAGCAAAGGAACAGGGCGGAUACCUGACCAACUCGUGAUUCUAGACAUGAAGCAUGGAGUAGAGGCGAAAAAUUAUGAAGAGAUUGCAAAGGUCGAGAAACUCAAACCACUGGAGGUGGAGCUCCGACGCCUGGAGGACCUUUCAGAAUCAAUCGUGAAUGACUUUGCCUACAUGAAGAAGCGGGAAGAGGAGAUGCGGGACACCAAUGAGUCCACGAACACCCGAGUCCUGUACUUCAGCAUCUUUUCCAUGUUCUGCCUCAUUGGACUGGCCACCUGGCAGGUCUUCUACCUGCGUCGCUUCUUCAAGGCCAAGAAGUUGAUAGAGUAAUGAGGCUCAGUCUUCAGUCCCCUGGUAUCUCAGCCAGCAGAACAUCGCUGGGACGUGCCUGGCCUAUGUAGCUCAAGGCCAUCUACUAACAGUACCACCCAGGCACAGUGGAGCUUUCUUGCCAGAACUGAUUUCUUUUGGUGUGGGAGAAUAUGGGGCACCACCUACACCCAGCAAGUCAAUGAGGACUUCUUUUUAAUGUGGUAGGAUUUGGACUGGUUUUUCAACAAGAUUAUUAAAGUCACCUAUGGAAAAACAAAACAAAAAUAGGGGUUACGUAGAUAAUGCCAAAGCCAGCAUUCGCCCUGGGUUCCCUCACGUGAUCCGUUUGAGCUGUUUGCUUUUAUUUCCCACUUGCUCAUCGCCUUGAUCUUCCGCCCUAAUUCUUCCCGGUAUUUCUAUGACCGUGGUCAGCUUGUCUCAUGCCAGUUGUCCUCUUCGGCAUCCUUGUGAAAACACCAUGGACUUUCUUUUGGCCCUUAGGUGAAAUGUUUACAUAGCUUCUGGUGAGAUCCUUCAUAAUUCUGUCUCCUAAAAGGGUCGUGGAUGGGUCACAUAAAAACGUGAACUUUGAACUGUAAGUAAUCUCUUCAAAGAAAAUCUCAAUUUUAGACAUUAAAAUGUUCGUGUUCAACUGCUUGAACUCCAUGUGUGUGUUUUUAGUUCUGUCACGUGUAGACCCCAGUGAUCAUUUCAAGGUACUGCCCUACCUUUUCAGCUCUGGCUCCCCAGUCUGCUUGCCACUUCUGUACCUUUGUUACUUUGUUAUGUAAAUGGAUCAUCAAGAGUGUAACCUUUGGAGGUUGACUUCCCACUCAGUAUAAUCCCUGUGAAAUGCCCCUCCAGGUUGUUGCAUGUAUUGCUAGUUGAUUCCUUUUCGUUGCUGAUCCUCCUCCAGGUUAUGGAUGGUAGGCAUUGUGCUUAAAGGUCAUUAUGGGUGGGUUUGGGGAUUUGGCCCUUAACUAGUAAGGCUCUUAUGUGAAUGCAAGUUUUCAUCACUCUGGGAUGAAUGCCUAAGCCGGCAUUUGCUCUGCCGUGUGGGAAGUAGUUCUUAAAAGAAACUUCCCUGCUCUGGUCUAGAGUGGCUAUAGCAUGUUACGUUUCCUCAUUCUCAUUAGUAUUUCUUAUCAUUGGUGUUUUAACUUAGCCCCUUGAAUAGGUACCUGUAAUAUCUCAUUAUGGUUUUAAUUUGCAUUUUCCUUUCAUGUGCUAGUCAUUUGCCAUCCGUAUGUCCUUGUCGGUGGAAUGUCUGUUCAUGCUUUCAUCCAUUUGCUACCUGGGUCACUUGUUCACGUCGCUGGUGAGUUUUGUGUAGGUCUUCUAUCAGACAUGCGGUUGCUUGAAUUUUUCACAUAACUUCUACCAGGGAAAAAUAACUAAUAACUACAUUUUACCAGCCCUUCAUGCAUGGCCAGUCACUGACUCCUAAUUCCUGUCCUUAUACGUCCUUAAUUUCUGUCCUAAUCUCCAGAGAAUUGGACAUACAGGGUUUAAAUAGACAUUUUAGGAGAGUCACAGAAAGGUAAAUACUUGAAAAUACUUGUAAAAGCAAAGCCAAGGUUCACUUGUUGGGAGCAUUAAGCACCUCAAGGCCAAGUCUAAUGAACAAGAUGUGGGGCUGGGAGUGUGUCUCGGUGGUCAGGUGCUUCCUGACACACAGAAGGCUCUGGGCCUGAUCCCAACGCUAAGGGAAAGUAGCUCCAAACGUUUGUGAACAGGAAAAACACUCAUUUGUCAUCUGAGACCUUUCCCACUUCUCCCAGGACAGUAGGGAGGAGUUCUCUCUGUAAUCUUUCUACCCUGCUUGUCUUAAUUGCCCUGCUGAGAAUUACAGGACCUAGGUUCAUGUUGCUUGCAGUAAAAGAGUGGACUAUGGAAAUUAGCAGAGAACACUGUUAGGUUGACCCGGAUGCAGUAUGAGGGUGAAAGGGAAUGAUUUGUGUUGUUAAAGUCCAGGCUGUUCUGUUAAGGUUCCAGUUACUGUAAACUCCAGUCUUCUUUGUGGCAUGAAGCCGUCUAUGGUACAAUACUGCCAUCUGCUGUUGUAAAUGACAAGUCUUGCUCCUAAGAAUUUAGAAGUUGAGUCCUCACCAUAACAACAGAUGUUCAGGAAUCUGUAACAUUCAUAUAUCAAAUGAUAGAGGAACAAUUCAAGUAAGAAAAGAAUAAACAAAGUUUUGGGUCAGAAUCCAUCUGUAGACUUAAGUGCAAAACCGUAGCCUGUGCCAUUAGCCUAACAAGAGACUCCUAUUUCUGACUUGUGCCUUUCCCCCUUUUAAAGAGCAAUGAAAGCUACUCUGUUAGUUAUGGUUUUCUGUUCUAAAAAUGUCAAAGAAAGUAGGAGAAAGUAGAGUAAGUGUUUUGUCCAUAUUUUUUAUUUCCAAGUACGGCUCUAACCUUAAGCUUUGUAGAACUGAAAUUCUUUCAAGUCCUUUUCUUUGUUUUGAUUCAUGCCAAAAACAACCAACUUGGACAUUGUGUUUUCAGUUACAAAGUUAACUGAAAAGCAUUUGCCUUUGACAACAGGCUAGCACAAAAGCAUAUCAGCUUUAUAAACAGGUAUGUUAUCUGUUUCCCUCCAUCUUCAAUAUUCAAAAUAAUCUGAGAAUAAUAGUUUCAACAAACCUUGUUAUAUCCCAUUGUCAUGAACCCCUCAGAGCCAUUCUUCUGUUUGUUAAUGGAAAGAGGCAUGUGGGAUUUAUACAGACUCACCUGUUGGAGAUUUGUGUGUAAACUUUCACAAAUAAAGGCUAGCAGAAACCA